ACAACCACUGCUCCCUCCUCCUUAGUUGUAAUCAACAAUUCUUAUACCCUAAUAAUUUUCUAGGGUUUUAGUCUGCGUGUUCCAAAGGCCAGUUCUCCAUCUAGGGUUUUGCCUGCGCUUUAAUUCAACCAUCUGAAGAGUAAGGAGGGAUUCAGAAUUCCAUUCGGCUGCUCAGGAAUCCCAAUUCUUCAUCGUCAAGCAUGUCGUCUUUAAGGAACGCCGUUAGCCGACGGGCUCACAAGGAGCGAGCUCAACCGGAAUCGAGGAAAAAAUUUGGGCUUCUUGAAAAGCAUAAGGACUAUGUUGAGCGUGCGAAAGCAUAUCACAAAAAGGAGGAGACUUUACGGAUACUGAAGCAGAAAGCGUUCUACAUAAACCCAGAUGAGUUCAACUUUAAGAUGAUCAGGACACGAACUGUUAAUGGAGUCCAUAAAUUAGAGAGUCAGGCAAACAAGUACACUCCAGAAGAGCUCAUGCUUAUGAAGACCCAAGAUAUUGGAUACAUAUUUCAGAAAGUGCAGAGUGAGAAAAAGAAAUUUGAAAAGUUAACUGCGACGCUGCACUCUCUUGAUAAUCGACCUUCAAGUAGACACGUUUACUUUGCCGAAGACAGAAAGGAGGCUAGAGAAAUUCAAUCACGUUCAAGAAGUGGAAAAAUGCCGGUUUCUGAGGACAUUCCUGAUCAUAUAAAAAGGUAG